GCAGCAGCGGCAUCCAGAAGCGGAUCUUCUCCGACGAGCUCUGCCAGGCCAGGCAGUGCAUCAAGCAGUCCAAACAUGAUCUCCAGACACGCGCCUGCCUCAAGAACGGGCACGCCGGCAUCAUGCGGCAGGGAGAGCCACCUGACAUGGACUUGCUGUCGCCGACGGCGCGGCUGGCGUUUCUCAUGGCGCCGCAGCGCCCAUUGGAGCCAAAUGAACAGUGGAGCAUUUUCACCGACGGGUCCUUCCAUGCCUCCUCGCCCGACGAUUCUGGCUGGGCGCUGACUGUCGUCUCGGAAGUGGGAAACGACAGGUUCGCUUUCAGGGGCUAUCACGCCUCCAAAGUCAGGACGCCGACGACACAGACGCUCUUCAGCUCAGUUGGAUCGUCCACCUCGUGCGAGCUGGCAGCUAUCUUGUGGGCUGUGGUUUUGGCGCAUGAGCUCACUGACCAGCCCGUGACCAUCCAUACAGACAGCACUGCUGCGAUUGCUUCCAUACAAAGAGCCGUAGCCGUCGAAGGAGACGUGGACAAUUACAUCGCGGCCACCAUAAACUACCUGAAUCAGGUCGGCCACCAGCAGUGCACUUUCGUGCACGUCAAGGGCCAUGAUAAGCAGCCUUGGAACGAACUUGCCGACUCGCUAGCACGAGCCGCAUCAUGCAAUAAAGUUGACACCAUGCCGACUCUCAGCACGGAUUGUCUGCAGCACACCACCACGAUGGACUGGGAAUGGCUGUGGCAUGCGCCGCAGCAGGUUCAGGAAGCUUACCCCCCGCACUACUGCGUGGAGGCCGACCGUAGCACGAUGCACUACUUCAAGGUGGCAUACAACACACCACAGGUGGAGGUCCACACCAUGAGCGAGCAGCCAGAAGCAGCGCGACAAAGCGGUCAAGCUAAGUUGGUAUCGCUGGCAACUGCCACAUACAAUGUCCAGACGCUCCGGGACCAGCAGGACACCGCUCCGGGCGAUUUGGCCAACCUUUAUGCGUUGCAGUUCUCCCAAGACCAUAUACACCUGGUUGGGCUGCAGGAGACGCGGAGGCCAGCAGGUAGAGGCGCAGGACAUGGUUACGUACAGCUAUGCGGGGGGGCACAGCAAGGGCAUGGAGGAUGCGAGCUCUGGAUUAACACCCGGAUCCCCAUUGCCACACACAACGACCGGCAGAUAUUCCUGCAAGAGCGAGACGCGCACAUUCUGGAGCGGGAUCCGCGGCGCUUGCUUGCCAGGAUCAAGAACCACAUCAUUGACAUUACUGUCUUUGUUUUCCACGCGUUGGACAUGUCCUACGACUUAUCUGAUCGACGGGCGUGGUGGGAUACGACAGGAGACUUGGUUGCCCGCUGGAGGCCAAAGAUACUGCUGGCCGACACGAAUGCGCAGCUGGGAGAUACCACUUCCUGGGCGGUCGGCGACCGAGGGUGGGCACAGGCCCAAAACUCCAAUGGAGAUUGCCUGCAUGCGCUUCUUCUUGAACACGGAUUGCAGGCGCCAGGCACUUUUCGAGACGAUCGUUGUGGAUACACGUGGCAAGACACCAAGUCCAGAAACAGGAUCGACUACAUCAUGUGCCCUGCCGACAUGGCUCAGUGCAUCAAGGAAUACCGCGUCGACCACGCCUUCGACGCCAGCAGGGAGCACCUGGACCACACGCCUGUGAUAUGCAGGUUUCAGUGGUACGACGUGGAACAUCCCAAGAGAGGACCGCCGUCUUACAACCGCGCCCGGUUGGAGGACCCUGAGGCGGUAGCCCAUUUUGGUCAGCUCCUUGAGGGGCACCGUCCCGCAGCGUGGCACGAGGACAUUAAUCCCCAGAUCCAAAACGACACCAGCUUCAUCCUGACAUGCGCCCAGAAGGCUUUCCCCUUCAGCGCGAAGACGCCCAUACAGCCAUACAUCACCUGCGGCACCAUGGAGCUGAUAGCUGUUCGGCGCCGUGUCCGACGCACGCUGCGGCAGAUGCAUGAUAUACGUGAUCCGAGCUUGCUGCAGGACUGGCACCGUGAUGCGCUCGACUAUCUAGCCCUGGACCUGCUCUCCGAAGCGGAUGGCGACUCCAAUGUACACGCUCACUACAUCGUUCAACAAGCGAGGGAACACAUGUGGCAGGUCUGCUACGAGAAGUGGUUCAUGGACGUACUGGAUUUCAUGCGCGCCACGGCCAGUUCACGGCCCCAAGUACCGACGGGCUUCCUGAUGACCUGCUACGCGUUCAACCCGAGCGACGCGCGAAGAUAUUACACCCUGCCUUUGCCAAGGAAAGCUGGGCAGAGAUCGCAGAAUCGAGCGAUUGCCUUGUGUCCGGUCUUGGCCAAACAUCACAACGCCUAUCUCCGAUCACGCCUCCUGAGGAUCAUGGGAGUGGCUACGAUGGCAAGCCAGUGCGGCGGCAUUCACCGCAGAGGUACAGAUACCGCGGCGCACCAGAUCCGGAGCAUGGUGGCCAUGGCGAAGGCGAUGCGACGUACAGCCAUCACUGUAUACGUUGAUUUGGUAGCCGCUUUCUACCGCGUGGUUCGGCAUUUAGCACUACCCAUACAGACCGACGUGGAGGAGGCCAGAGCCAUCGUUGACUCCAUGGAGGUACCAAUUCUCUUUGAGGACGCGCUGAUUCAGGCCAUGGCCGGGAGGCCUAUCAUUGCAGACAUUUUGCAAAACAGCCAUGCCCUGGAACAGCUCACGGAUGUGUACCACGACACUUGGUUUGAAGUGCUGCAAGUAACUGACAAGGCACAAACCUACGUUGGCUCCCGUCCAGGAGAUACCAUAGCGAAUGAUACGUUCAGCGUGGUCUUUGCCAAGCCGAUCAAAGAAAUUGAGUUGCAGCUGCAGGCGGCAGGCCUUGCAUGGGAGGCCACGGCCGAUCGACGAGCAUUUCGCCGUGAAGAUGAGACCCUACCAGACUCCACGGCCAGCUACGUGGACGACUUGGCUGCCCAAGCUUUCGUCGACCCUCCGGAGGCGAUCGCCAAAACCAAGAUCAUGAUCGACAUUGUCAUCGUAUCGUCGAUGAGGCACGGCAUGCUGCUCAAUUUUGGGCCACAGAAGACGGCCGUGCAGUUUGCCAUUUUCGGGGAAGGGGACGCCGCCCUCAAGACCGAGCUCGCCGGAAUGGACUUCAAGAUCCACCCUCUCCGGCAUGCAGGAGACGUCCCCGUGGUGCUGCAUUACUGCCACCUGGGCGGCCAAGUCACUGGCACAGGCGCAAUGCUCCCAGAGGUGAAGGCGAGGGCUGCCAUGGCUAGGGCGGCGGACAGACCGAUCAACAAAACAAUAUGCAAGAUACGCGGCUACACAAUCAAGCAAAAGGUCCAGUACAAGGACUCCCUGUCCCUGAGCAGGCUCAAGUACAACGCGCAAGUGUGGAAUCCCUUGGAGCCUGCUGCCAUGGACGCCUUCAGGAAAGUAUAUUCUGAAAUAUACCGCGGCGCCGUUGGCAGGCCCAGGCGGCAUGGCAACACCACCUCGAAUUCCGAGGUGCUGGCCAUGGCCGCUCGACCCGCACCUGAAGAUUUUCUCCGGCACGCUCGGCUAGUCCACUUGGCGCGGCUCAUGGACACUGCUACUCCUGCCCUGCGGGCCAUGCUGGAUGAGCUCAGCAGCACCCCUGGUAGCUGGUCGCACGAACUCAGGCUGGAUCUUCAAUGGAUGCUGCCGUUUCUUGACAUUGACGCAGACCCCCGGUUUGAGCAGCGGGUGGACAUGGUGCA